AUGCAGAGGUGUCAGCUCCAGGUUACCAACUUUAAUAUCCUUGAAGAUUCCUUUGACAUGUCCGAUGGGGAGAGACCGGAGGAAGCAACGGAGCCGUCAUUUGAUGCACAUGGGGAGCCAGCAGAGGACAGCAUCCUGGACGACCAGCCCACCACAUACGAGGUACUUGCCAAAGGAACUACCCGCGGGAAGCCUCUACUGGUGUCAAGUGAUGGGUAUACAUAUACAGUAAAGAGGACCAACAAGUCGACGACCAUAUGGACUUGCAGCAUUAGAUCAAAGAAUAUUCGUUGUUAUGCCUCCAUUGUUGCAAAGGGCACCCAGUUCAACCGAGGACCACAAGAACAUGUUCACCCACCGGAGCCCAGGAAAACAGCAAAGGCUAAGGUUACCAUGAAGGCCAAGCAGGUAGCUGAGGAUAAUCUUUUCCGGGCGUCUAUGACGAUAGUAGAAUCAACCAUAACGGAAGAGCUGGAAGCACAGCAUCGUUUCUUGGCGCCCAAGAGGAGCAACCUGAAGAGAGUUGUGAACCUCUACAGAGCCAGGCGAAGACCAGAGGAACCAGCAGAUUUGGCCUUCGUAUUGAACAGGGAAUUCCUCCAAUGCGACGACUUCAUAUUAGCAGAUAUCACCUCCGAUGGCCAGAGGCAUUUGGUGUUUGCAUCGCCUUUCCAGCUCCGGAUUCUACGACAGGCUAAACAGUGUAUUAUUAGAUUCAGUUCAAUUAUUAAUGUGUUUCAAUUAACGUCUAUUCACGACUUUGUCAUCAUCGAUGGAAAGAAGAAACAGUUUCCGCUUGUGUUUGUGUUGAUGUCUUGUCGACGGAAGUCAGACUACGUUCGGGUUUUGACGGCUAUCAGAGAUAGAUUGGGUGACUGCCAGGUUGAGCAAUGUAUGCUCGACUUUGAGCAAGCUGCUUGGCAGGCCAUUAGAGAGGUUUUACCUGGUGUGACUCUUCGCGGCUGCAUUUUUCAUCUGACACAAGAAUUGUGGCGACACAUCCAGGAACUUGGACUGUCACGCACAUACAGAGAAAGGGGAGCCACCCACAACUUCAUCUGGAUGAUCCUGGCCUUACCAUUUCUGCCAUCUCAUCAGAUCCGCCCCACAUUUGAUGCUUUCAGAGCACGUUGCCCUGCAGAGCCUGGUCACCCUCUUAGCCAGUUUGUAGAGUACGUGAGGAGCCAGUGGAUUGACUCUGCCACUUUCCCGCCGACAACUUGGUCAGCCUUUGAAUCAUCGGUCCGAACCAACAAUGACGUUGAAGGCUGGCACAACCGAUUGAACAGGAAGACAGACAACCACCCAGCUAUGUAUGUCCUGAUUCCACUACUCCAGAAGGAAGCCGCAGCAGUGGAGGCCCAGAUCGUGUCAGAGGACAUCGAGCGUGAUAACAGACGGGCAUACACUGCUAUUGAGAAGAAGCUGAGGGGUGCCACAGAGAAGUACAUGAACAACACAUUGUCAACGACAGGCUUUCUAAAGGCGGUGGCAGCAGUUUAUGUUUGUGGUAGGGACAUGUAGGUAGAACUUUGUGAGAAAUGCUUAUUGAACUGUAUAUAAUCCUAUACAAGAACAAUAUUGCUGUUUUAGAUGUAAGAAUAACUAUUUCUGUGUGAAAAUGCAAAAUGUAAGAUGUGUGAAAAUGCAAAAUGUAAGAAUUACUGAUCUGAUAGUAAUUUUAACUUAAUGUAGUGCUGUGAGAAAAUGUACGAAUUAUUAGUGCUGUGUGAAAAUGAAAAUGUAAGAAUUACUUAUAGAGCAAUUUUAACUUAAUGUAGUGCUGUGAGAAAAUGUACGAAUUAUUAGUGCUGUGUGAAAAUGAAAAUGUAAGAAUUACUUAUAGAGCAAUUUUAACUUAAUGUAGUACUGUGAGAAAAAUGAGAGAAUUAUUAUAGUGCUUUAUGAAAAUGUAGGAAUUAAUUGUGAGAAAGGAAUUGUUAUACUUAAUGUGGUGUUGUAUGAAAAAAAGUUAUAAUUACUUAUCUGGUAAGAAAUAUGUUAUUUUUGUAUUUACAGUGUAAAUGUAAUUUUAUAUUGAUGUCUGUACACAACUGUUUCAAUGUGUCCAUACUAUAAAUGCAUGUUUCCAGUGAUGAGAAUGAUAUAUAAUGAAAUAAGUACAUAUCUGUUCCAAUUUGUCCUUAUUAUAAUUAUAUAAAAUGUUUCCAAUGAAGAGAAUGAUAUAAAAUAAAAUGUUAUCUAACCACGUUAAUGAUCAUUCAAGGUUUGAGUGUACAUAACGGUUGAGUACAUAAUGGUUUCAAUGUGUCCUUGUUAUUUAUAGAUGUAUAUGUUUCCAGUGAUGAGAAUGAUAUAUGAUAAAAUGUUAUCUAAUUAUC